AUGACAGUGACACGCGCCCAAAUUCAAGAACAUAGCAAUCGGCAGUCCUGCUGGGUUGCCAUCCACGGGGCUGUUUACGACGUGACAGAUUUCUUGGAUGAACACCCUGGAGGUUCGAAAGUGAUUCUAAGAUGUGCCGGUCGAGAUGCAACCAGUGAUUUCGACUCGGUGCAUUCGCCGGAGCUGCUGGCUGAGACGCUGCCAGAGACCGCUCUGCGUGGACACAUCGAAGCAGCGGAGCUGGCCGAGAUCACAAAAGCAGAUGCGACGAAGAGAAACGCCAAAAGUUCAUCACCAAAGCCAACGGAUUCAGAUGAUCCCCCUCCACCUCCACCGCUCAAUACCCUUAUCAACCUCCACGAUUUCGAACAAGUCGCGCAACGAUAUCUCGCUCCCAAUGCCUGGGCUUACUAUGCAUCGGCUGCCGAUGACGAGAUCAGCAAGCGGAAUAAUGCGAAGGCAUACCAGAAGGUCGCACUUCGACCUCGCAUACUUAAGAAGAUCCCGAGCGUGGACACCACUACAUCCAUCCUAGGCCAUUCGGUCGCGCUCCCAAUAUACAUGUCGCCGGUCGGCGUCGCCAAAUAUGCUCAUCCUGAUGGAGAGUGCGCCCUUGCGGCUGCGGCGGGCAGAGAGCUACUUGCCCAGGUUCUUGCCAAUGGGUCUAGCAUGUCCGUUGAAAAAGUACGAGAGAGUCGUGUCGCGGAAGACCAGCCACUCUUCUUCCAGUUAUACGUCAAUCGCGAUAUGUCCAAGUCCGUCGAGAUGGUCAAGCGCGCAGUCAAAGCCGGAGCCCGCGCGAUUUGGAUCACUGUUGAUUCACCAGUCGUGGGCAAACGAGAGAUGGACGAGCGCUUGAAUCUCGAUGUGUCCGCAACCGAUAGCGAUGCCCAGGGCGAGGGAGUGGCUAAGAUUAUGGCUAGCUCGAUCUCCCCGUUCAUCGACUGGGAUAUUCUGACCUGGCUACGGGAAUUGACCGAUUUGCCAGUUGUCAUUAAAGGCAUUCAGUGUGUUGAAGAUGCAGUCCUUGCAUAUGAACACGGCGUCCAGGGGAUCGUCUUGUCUAACCAUGGGGGUCGAUCCCAAGAUACGGCACAACCGCCACUUCUUACUCUACUAGAGAUUCGAAAGUUCGCACCGCAUCUGCUCGAUGGCAAAAUGCAGAUUUUCAUCGAUGGUGGCAUUCGUCGCGGUACGGACAUCCUCAAGGCCAUUGCGCUUGGCGCCACAGCUGUCGGCUUGGGGCGACCAUUCUUAUACAGUCUAUCAGCCGGGUAUGGAGAAAAGGGAGUUCGUCGCAUGUUGCAAAUUCUACGACAGGAGAUCGAAGCCAAUAUGACCUUCUUGGGUGCGACCAGUCUAAAGGAUCUCAAGCCAGAGAUGCUCAAUACGAGCCGGCUGGAGCGAGAUUUGGUGGGAAGCGUGAAGUUAUAG